AGGCUAACGUGAACGCAGAUAGCGGCCACACACCACAAGGUGCAUCAACCCGAACUCCCACCACACACACGCACAUACACACAGUUGGCAAACACCCGUAACAUACACGUGCACACACCCACGGCAAACACGUGCACACAUCACCUCGCAUCACGUACACAGACACACACAUCUCCAGACCUUGGCAAAUAAUUGCGCAGCGGCACUUACAUAUAAGGGCAAGUAUCUGGAAGCGCUCUUUUGUGUUAUAAUUGAGCGGGCGACUGCAUAUAAACUUCCCAUCGUCGCCAAAGUCUUGGAUUUAGUGGAGGGAAACUCGUCGUUUGCGGGUUCUUUGCACGGUUCUUUGCAAGCGAGUGGAUCGCAGGUGGACUGAGCGAACCCGGAGUGCUCGCUGGCGCGCGACAUGCGAGCGCAGUGCACGCGCCCAGAGCAUCGCGCUCUGCUCCCGAAGCUGCCGCCGCCGCCGCCGCUCCCACUGCUGCUGAUGCUGCUGCUGGUGGCGGCGGUGGCUCCGUGGGGAGCGAGCGGCGCGGAGGGCUGCGCCCGAGGCUGCGCGUGCGAGGCGGGCGAGGCGGGCGCCAGCGCUCGGUGCUUCCGGCUGAGCAGCGUCCCGAGCGAGCUGCCCGCGGGCGUGCGGCGCCUCGAGUUGCAGCACAACAGCUUCCGCCGCUUGCAGCCGUCGGACUUCCGCCCGUUUCCCGCACUCGAGUCGCUCUUCCUGUCGUCGUGCGGCAUCGAGCUCGUGGAGGACGGCGCCUUCCUGCCGCUGCGCUCGCUGCGCACGCUCGACCUCGCCGGCAACCGCCUGCAGGCCGUGCCGCGCCGACUCCCGCCGGGCCUCGACACACUGCGCCUGCACGACAACCGCAUCGACGGGGUGCGGCCGCCCGAUCUCGCGGGCCUGCGCUCCCUGCGCGUGCUCGAGCUGCACGGGAACCGCAUCGCCGCGCUCGACCCGGCCGCGUUCGUGCCGCUCGCGAGCCUCGCCUCGCUGCGGCUCGACGGCAACGCCAUCGAGGCGCUCGGCUCGACGGCGCUGCCCCUGCCCCGGCUCGUCACGCUGAAGCUCGACGGGAACCGGCUGGCGUCGCUGCCGGCAUCGUUCUUCGGCGCGGCGCGGAGCCUCCGCUCCGUCGGCCUCGCCCACAACCGGCUGCGCAGGUUCCCCGCCGGCUUGCCGGCGAGCGCCGAGACGCUGGCGCUGGAGGGCAACCAGAUCCGGGCGAUCCGGCGCGCCGACUUGGCGCACCUCGCCCGCCUCCGGGAGCUGAGCGUCGGCGAGAACCGGCUGUCGUCCGUCGAGGACGGCUCGUUCUCGGAGCUGCGCGCCCUCGUGUCGCUGGAGCUGCCGAGGAACCAGCUGCGUGCGCUGCCCGCGGGGCUGCCCCCGCAGCUGCAGAAGCUCGACUUCCGCUACAACGCAGCGACGAGCGUGUCGCGUGCCGACCUGUCGGCGCUCUCCGAGCUGCGACAUCUGCUGCUGGAGAACAACAACAUCAGCGCGGUGGAGACGGACGCCCUCUACGGCUGCGGAAAGCUGUCGGACGUCGCCCUGGAGCAGAACCAGCUGACCUCCAUUCCCGUCAGGCUGCCGGAGUCGGUGACCCGCCUGGACCUGAAGGGCAACUCCAUCGCGAGCGUGCGCGCGUCCGAGCUGGCGCCGCUGCACCGCCUGCGCGUGCUCAACCUGCGCGACAACCGCCUCUCGACGCUGCCCGCGGCCGCCCUCACGCCGGCGCCCAACCUGCGGCGCGUCUACCUCGACGGCAACCCGUGGCGCUGCGACUGCGCCCUGGCCGAGACGCGCCGCGCCCUCGUGCGCCGCCGACGUGCCGAGGUGCGCGCCGGCGUCUGCCGGUCCCCGCCGGCGCAGGCGGGCCGCAGCUGGCUCGACGGGGCCGCGGCCGCGGCCGCGGCGGCGGCGGCGGCGGCGGAGACGGCCGGGGGGGCGCCUGGUUGCGACGGAGAGGAGGGCGGCGACGGGGAGGACGAGCAGACGGCGGGGGCGCAAGACGGCGAGUACUACUACGACUACGACAACACGGACGAGUAUUGA